AUGAAAAUCUUGGUUGGAUUGAAACGUGUGAUUGACUACAGCGUCAGUGUGAGAGUGAAUAAACAACUGACUGGCGUUGUUACUCAACAAGUCAAGCACAGUAUGAACCCAUUUGAUGAUAUCGCACUCGAGGAAGGCAUCCGAAUUAAAGAGAAAUUUUCCUCUCCGCAAUUAAUUAGUGUUAGUAUUGGUAAUGAUCAAUGCCAAGAAGUGCUGAGACAAGCUUUAGCCAAGGGCUGUGAUGAAGCUAUUCAUGUCAAAACGGAUUUUGAUAGUGGAGAAGUUCAACAAUGGGUUUCACCACUCCAAGUAGCACACAUUCUUCGUCGUAUUGUUGAAGAAAACAAAAUUGAUUUGGUACUCUUGGGUAAACAAUCCAUUGACUCGGACAAUGGACAUGUGGCUCAACUCUUGGCCAGUAUGCUUGGAGCACCACAAGCAACUUUCAUCAGCAAAUUAAUACCAAGUGAUGCCGAAGCAAAACAAAUUGAAAUUGAAAGAGAGGUUGAUGGUGGAUUGGAAAGACUCAUGCUCUCCGGAUUGCCUGCUGUUGUGAGUUGUGAUUUGAGAUUGAACGAACCUCGAUUUGCAAAUUUGAAGGCUAUCAUUCAAGCAAAGAAGAAGCCUUUGACGACUCUCAAUUUUGCUGAUUUGGUGAAAGGUACUGAUUUUGAACAAUCACAAUUGGAAUAUGUAAAAGUCACUGAACCAAAGGCAAAGAGUGGUUCCUGUGUGUUUGUUGAGAAUGCACAACAAUUGGUAGACAAGUUGCGAAAUGAAGCCAAAGUUUUGUAA